UCUUGGAAAUUUUCAACACGGCAAUUUGCAUCUUUCACGCUUGCACAACUUCAGAGUCAAGGCCAAAAUGUAGGAUCACUAAACAACUGCAACAUAUUAAUUCCGGUAUCUCCGAUGACAUGAAAACUUAAGGAUCAUUUUCUUGUAAAUUAAGAUCGGUUCCCUGAGUAAUUCAGAAGAUAUAUCUUAGUUAAAGAGCAAUUUUCCAGUUUCUCGUUAAGCAAGUUGGAUUAUGAAGCAAGUGAUUAUGGUACCAACCUCGAUAGUCUUGGUGCUUCUUGCGGCACUUCCUGCCUGUUUCUGCCAAUGCAGAGAUUAUAAAAAUGGAUAUUUUCCACACGAGAGACAGUGUGAUCGUUAUUACGAGUGUAAAAAUGGUACCAUGACAGAAAAUCUUUGUCCCGAUGGAUUGAUGUUUAAUCAUCUCUCUUCUCCAAAUCAUCUUCGUUGCGAUUAUCCUUUCGAUGUUGACUGCAGCGAUCGACCACAAGUUCAGCAAGCUCAACCCACCGAAAAUUGUCCUCAUCUUUGGGGUUUGUACCCUAAUGUGCAUGAUUGCGGACGUUUCUGGAAUUGUGUAGAUGGUACAUCUUAUUCGUUUCAAUGUCCCGAAGGACUGGCAUGGAAUGAUUUAACAGCGAGAUGUGACUGGCCGGAUCAGGUAGAAAGUUGUGAUGGAGAAGCACUUCUAGGUUUUUCUUGUCCAGUUCCAUCAGAAGAUGAGAUAAGACAAUACGGUCAAUUACGAUAUCCUCAUCCAGGAGAUUGUAAAAAGUUUUUUAUUUGCAUAUUGACAGAGAAGAAUGAAUGGAAACCUCGUUUACUUUCUUGCGAAGAACCAGCAGUUUUUAAUUAUGCAUUGAACAAAUGUGACUUUUACAAAGAAGUUUCUGGAUGUGAAAAUUAUUAUAGCUAUCGAGAUGAUGAUCCAAGAUUAAAUAGAGCAGCACCACCAAGAAGUGCAGGAUCUGCAGGACAAACAGGGUUUUCAGGAAAUGUAGGUUCUUCACAACGCACAGGACAUUCAAGAAAUAUUGGAUCUUCACAAAGCACAGGACAUUCAAGAAGUGGCGGAUUUUCAAACACAGGAUCUUCACGACAACACACUGGGUCAUUCGGAGACUCCUUUCGUUCCAGACCUGGACGUGCACCUCAAUUACCUCCACCACACCAUGCAAAGGAACAAGUAGCUGAACCUGUAAACAAUUGUCCUGAACAUGGUGUCGUCGUCUACCCACAUCUGAAAGCAUGCGAUAAGUAUUACAAAUGCGAAAAUGGUACAUUUACUAGAGAAAUCUGCCCAAACGGAUUAGUUUUCGAUGACAAACAUCCAAUUUUCCACUUCUGCAAUUACCCAUGGAGAGUGGAUUGCGGUGAUAGAAAAGAGAGAGAACCUCCAAUUAAGAGUGACAACUGCCCAUGGCAAUGGGGGAUAUUUGCCAAACGAGAUAGCUGUACUCAUUAUUUUGUAUGCGAAUGGGGAAUCGCUAAUUUGACUUAUUGUGAACCUGGUCUGGCCUAUGACAUUCACACUCAUACAUGUGUUUGGCCCGAUACAGUAGACGGUUGUAACAGUGAAGAUAUCGUCGGUUUCAAAUGCCCAGAGAAAAUCACAGGUUUGUCCACCAAAUUCUAUCCAUUUCCAAGAUAUCCUCAUCCUCACGACUGUACCAAAUUAAUUGUUUGUGUCAACGAAAAACCAAGACUUCUAAAUUGUGGAUAUGGUUCUGCUUUCAACCCUGCCACCUACACAUGCGACUCUAUAAAGAACGUCCCAGACUGCAAACCACCACAUCAUUAAAAUGUCUAGAAAAAGCGCACAUCAAAGAAACUAUUGUAUAAAGAAAUUAAUGAAUUUAUGUUUAUGUUUUAAACAUGUUUACGAAUUUAUUCAAUUUAUUUACUUAUUAAA